AUGCGUGAGGUCAGAGGCGAGUUUGCUGCGGAUAGCGGGAAGAAGAUUCGGAAGCUGCGAUCUGAAAGCUUUCAGAUCGGGUUCGAGCAGGGAGACCGCUUCUUCCGUGCUGCCAUUGUCCUCGGUCGCAUUCGCACUGGGCGUGUAGUGGCCAAGGUAAAGGGCGAUGAUGGCAACAAGAUCUCGUAG